AUGUCCAAGAAGUAUGUACCUCCAAACCGGAGGGCCAAGUCCGGUCCACAAUCAGAGCCUGAUAAAAAAAAGGAGAGAAAGGAAAGGUUUAACAAACCUCAAAAGCUGGAUUAUGGCUACGUGUCGCGGGGCGAGGAGAACAAGCUUCAAAAAGAUGCUUCCGCCCGUGAGACCUACUUCAGCGACAUCAAAAAGAUGGACCGCAAGAAGCCGGAUCUUAUCCUAGACUCUCUCAGAAAGCUACGAGAGGCAAUGCUUCAUUUGACAUUGGACAACUUCACCAAGGAAGUGUAUAUGUACUCUUUCGAGUUCGGAGCCAGCGUCGGCAAGUAUCAGACGUAUGUGCCAUGCGGGCAGUUUCUUCUACGAACUAACCUAAUGACUAAAGAAGAGACGGCUUCGGUGGCCGCUAUAAUGACGCUACAUAUCUCUCACUGCAAUCAUGACAGUGGUAGAGCAUGGCUGCUAUAUUUCCGCCAUUUCAGCAGACAAGAUCCUUUGUACGCCGUGCUCGAGGCAUGGGAUCUUGACGAUUAUGUAACAUGGAUGCAGCUAUUUCGAAACGAAAAAGACGAACCCAGAAAGCAGGUGAUGGAGCUCGGGUCUGGCAAGAUGAUGCGCCACAUGGCCAAGUGUCUCACAGUGCUGUAUUUCACAAUGGCCGCCGACGAAAUGGCUCAGCUCAUCAACAGCGAUCUAGAUCGCUUCAUUGAACAGUACAAACUCGGCUGGACCGUUGAAAAAGGAAUAGUCACCCUACGCAGUAGAAAUAGAUAA